UUGAGCUUCCUGGGUCACAGCUGCUGCUUCAUCUGUAGUGUCCAAAAGCCAGGCUGAGCUACUGCUCCUCUGCGGGGUGUGUGCGGGGAGAGACCUUCCCUAGCGCCCCUCUGUGCCCAGCCAGGGGGACUUUCUCCGGGGGCUGGAACAAGCCCCAGGCUCUGCAGACACCAGCUCCUGAGCCGCAGACUCCAGCCUUUAAAGGGUCCGGUUUUCUCUCCAACCACAAGGGCUGGAAACUAACAAGAAAGCAAGCUAGCAGAGAUUCACACGUCAGAAGGGACCAUUGUCCUACCUCCUGCACAGCACAGGCUAGAGAACUGCCCCCAACUAAUUCCUAGAGCAGAUAUUUUAGAAAAAUACCCAGUCUUGAUUUUAAAAUGAUCAGGGAUGAAGAAUCCACCACAAUUCUUGCAGGAUUUCCCAUCACCAAGCCUGAUGUGAUCUCCUGGAUGGAGCGGAGGAAAGAGCUGUGGACCCCAGAUCUGCAGGACUCUGAGGAACUGGAACUUCUGAGUGAUGUCUGCACAGCAGGUGAUGGUACAGGGAGUGAGAGCGAGGAGGAGACCCCUCAGCAGGAAGGUCCCAAGCCAGUGGAACCACAUGGUGUGGUAUCGGGAAGAGCCGAAAGGGACGUUUCCCAGAGUCCUGAGCAGGGAAACCCUCAAGGGACAGGGAAGAGCAGAUCAUCCCACCCAGGCAGAGGUGUCAAUCUCAGAGAUGUCGGGGAGCGGCCCUACCGGUGUGAGGACUGCGGGAAAAGCUUCAGCAGCAGCUCAGCCCUCAUCAUCCACCGGCGGAUUCACACUGGGGAGAGACCCUACAAGUGCCCUGAGUGCGGGAACAGCUUCAACCAGAACUCGGCGUUGAUCGCACACCGGCGCAUCCACACUGGCGAGAAGCCGUACGAGUGCCCCGACUGCAGGAAGCGCUUCAGCCACGGCUCCACCCUCAUCAAGCACCAGCGCACCCACACAGGCGAGAAGCCCUACCAGUGCGAGGAGUGCGGGAAGUGCUUCAGCAUCCGAUCGACCCACGUGCGGCACCAGAAGACCCACACGGGCGAGCGGCCCUACGUCUGUGGGGAGUGCGGCAAGAGCUUCAGCGACAGCUCCUACUUUGUGCAGCACCAGCGGGUCCAUAUGGGCGACAUGCCCUACGCCUGCCGGGACUGCGGGAAGAACUUCAUCUGGAGCUCAGCCCUGCUGCGGCACCGGCGCAUCCACACCGGUGAGAAGCCCUACAUCUGUGGCGACUGCGGGAAGAGCUUCAGCGAGAACUCCACCCUGCUGCGGCACCGACGCAUCCACACUGGUGAGAAGCACUACAAGUGCACCCAGUGCGGGAAGAGCUUCAACGACAGCUCUUCCCUCAUGCGGCACCAGCGCGUCCACACUGGGGAGCGCCCCUACCAGUGCCCCCAGUGUAGCAAGAGCUUCGUGGACAGCUCCACCCUCAUAUGCCACCAGCGCACCCACACCGGCGAGCGCCCCUACACCUGCCCCGACUGUGGCAAGAGCUUCACCGAGAGCUCCACCCUCAUCACCCACCACCGCGUGCACACGGGAGAGCGGCCCUACACCUGUCCUGACUGUGGCAAGAGCUUCAGCCAGAGCUCCAACCUCGUCACCCACCAGCGCAUCCACACUGGUGAGCGCCCCUACGCCUGUGCCCAGUGUGGGAAGAGCUUCUACCGUAGCUCGGACCUCAUCCGACACCACAGGACCCAUACGGGUGAGAAGCGCUAUAAACGCUGCUGCCGCCUCCAUUGUGAGCCGGGAGCCCGGGCUGCGCCGCUGCUGCUUGCCAGCGGGGUGUGUGCGGGGAGAGCCCUUCCCCAGCGCCCCUCUGUGCCCAGCCGGGGGGACUCUCUCCGGGGGCUGGAACCACCCCUGGGGCAGCCCCGGGCUCUGCCGACACCAGCCCCUGAGCCGGAGCCUGCAGGCUGCAAAGUAACAUCCAAGUCUAGAUUGUCCCAUUCUCCCAGAGGGAAGGGAAGGGAAAUGUCUACAGUAGAACCAGUGACCUUUGAGGAAGUGGCUGUGUAUUUCACAGAGGAAGAGUGGGCUCUGCUGGACCUGAGUCAGAGAGCAUUUUACUGGGGCGUCAUGCAGGAGAAUUAUGAGACUGUGACCUCGCUGGCAGGAUUUCCAAUUUCCAAAUCUGACAUGAUCUCCCGUCUGGAAUGUGAGGAGAAGCCAUGGGUCCCUGAUCUCCAGGGUUAUGAGGAAAAAGAGAUCCUGAGAAACAUUCACACAGCAGGUGGUGGGACGGUGAGUGGGAACAACGAAGAAAAUCUUCAGCAGGAAGGUCCUCAUCAAGUAGAACCAUACACGAUGGUAUCGGGAAGAGCUGAAGGGCAUGUUUCCCAGAGACCUGAGCAGGGAGAAGCCUGUGAGAGGCAGCGGAGGCCAGAGAGGCAGCAGAGAAACCAGCCAGGGGGUAGAUGGGGUAAAUCCACCCAGAGGAGCAGAAGAAUAGAGGAAAUCAGAGAUAUUGUUCAACCGAGGAUCCCUGCUGGAGAGGGACCCUUCACCUGUGGUGAGUGUGGGAAGAGCUUCCGUUGGAGAUCUGUUCUUAUUAUUCACCAGAAAAUCCACAUGGGAGAAAACCCCUAUAAGUGCCCGGACUGUGAGAAAAGUUUCAGCAAGAGCUCAGACCUCAAUCUUCACCAGAGAAUCCACUUGGGGCAGAAAUCCUACAUAUGCACUGACUGUGGGAAAAGCUUCCCUCAGUACCACCUCCUUACUUCCCAUCAGAGAACCCACACAGGAGAGAGACCCUACAAAUGCCCCGAGUGUGGGAAGAGCUUCAGUCAGAGCUCACACCUUGUCAUUCACCAGAGAACCCACACUGGGGAGAGACCCUACAAAUGCCUGACCUGCGAGAGAUGCUUUGGUGAUAGAUCGCAAUUUAAGACCCACCAGAGGAUCCACACAGGAGAGAAGCCCUACAAAUGCCCACAAUGCGAGAAAAGCUUCAGUCGGAACUCAUACCUAGUUAUACACCAGAGAACCCACACGGGAGAGCGACCCUACAAAUGCCCCGACUGCGGGAAAAGCUUCAGUGACAAGUCACAUUUUAAUACACACCAGCGAAUCCACACGGGAGAGAUGCCCUACAAAUGUCCUGAGUGUGGGAAAAGCUUCAGGAGGCGCUCGUACCUGGUUACACACCACAGAACCCACACGGGAGAGAGACCUUAUAUAUGCCUGACCUGUGCAAAAACCUUCAGUGAUCGAUCUCAUUUUAGAAAACACCAGAGAACCCACACGGGAGAGAGGCCCUACAAAUGCCCCGAGUGCGGUAAAGGCUUCUGUCUGCGUUCAGACCUUAUUAUACACCAGAGAACCCACACAGGAGAGCGGCCCUAUAAGUGCAGCGAGUGUGGGAAAACCUUCACUCGGAGCACCUACCUUUUUUCACAUCAGAGAAUCCACACAGGGGAGAAACCACAGAAGUGUUCUAGCUAGGGAUGGGCAAAGUGAAUGACAUCUCUGUUGGUUCCCGCAGUCU